UGUUAAAACGGCUUGCCAUAUUACAAAGAAGCCUGUCUCUUUAAGGAUUUGCAGGGUUUCCGGUGACGCGAUUCAGUUCAAGGUUUUUACUGUGUGAUUAGUUGCACUAUGGACUUUCCGCAGACCCUGUGAUGAAAUGUGUACGCGUUGCCAAACUUGACAUUUCAAAUAAAUAAUAAGCCAAAACAAUGAUUUGCAUACUCUUAGUUGCAGGGCACGGCACGAUUUUAGAGACACAGAUCAAGAGUGAUGUUACAGGUCUGUAUGCUCAUCUGACCGGUGUGCCCAAAGCUCUGUUACCUGGAGUGGGGGGAAAGAAAAUAUUGGAUUUCUGGUGGGAAACAGUCAACACGCGCCAGCUCUUCAGUGAAGUCUAUCUGGUUACAAAUGCUGAUAAAUACAAGCACUAUGAACGGUGGGCAACAGCAAAUGACUUUCCAGUGGAGAAUGUUGUGAAUGAUGGCAGCACAACUUUGGAUGACAGACUUGGGGCUGUCGCAGAUCUUGAGUUGGCCAUCCGAAGCCGACAGCUACAAGAUGACAUCAUGGUGAUUGCAGGAGACAUGCUUUGUGCUGAUCAGAACUUUGAUAUUGCACAAGUCAUUCGCUUUUUCAAAUCUAAGCCUGGAGAACUUGCUAUAUAUUAUGAGCUGGAGUCGGGAGAGAAGAGCUACACCAGAGGAAUUGUUGAAGUGUGUCCAAACACCCAUCGGGUCAUGCGAUUCCUUGAGAAGCCUCAAGAGGGCAUCACUGCUUCUCGUCUGGCCAGUGUGGUUUUCUACUGCCUGCGCAAAGAGUCCUUACCGUACAUCUCUGAAUUCCUCAUUCAACACCCAGAUGUUAAUGAUAGAACUUUUGGCAAGUUUUGGGAAUGGCUUAUAAAUGAGGAGAAAGUUCCUGUUUAUGGGAUGAAGUUACCAACUGGAUUUCAACUAAUUGGACAAGUGGGUCUGUCUGAUUACACAAAAUGGCUCGCACACUAUUCUUCAAAGCAGCAGUUGUCCCCGUCUAAACCUAUCACAUGCCGCUCAUAUGCCAGGGUUGGACUCAUGGGGAACCCCUCUGAUGGUUUCAAUGGGAAAACCAUUGCUAUGAGCAUCGCUAACUUCUGGGCUGAGGUCACGCUCAUGGAGAGCCAGACUCUGGUCCUUCUACCUCAUCCUCUGAAUGAUCCCACAGAAUUCGGAAGCUUGCAGGAUCUUUUUCAGAUCAGCCGGAAAGAAGGGUAUUUGGGAGGUCUGAGACUUCUACAAGCCACCUGUAAAAAGUUUUACCAGUUCUGCUCUGAACAAGGCAUUGCCCUGUCCAAGCAGAAUUUUACUCUCAAGUAUGACACAAACAUUCCUCGGCAAGUGGGUUUAGCUGGCAGUAGUGCGAUUGUGUCUGCCACCUUGAAGUGCCUGAUGAAGUUCUACAACAUCACAGACAACGAUCUUCCUAAACCAAUCAGAGCCAACUUCAUCCUCAAUGUAGAGACUGAUGAGCUGUUCAUCACAGCUGGUCUACAGGAUAGAGUUGUGCAGGUCUAUGAAGGCUUGGUUUACAUGGACUUCAACAAACAGCUGAUAGAUGAGAGGGGUUAUGGAGAGUACAUUCCCUUGGACAUGAGCGAUCUUCCCUUGUUCUGGCUAGCCUAUUUGGGCGAUCCAAGUGAUUCUGGACGGAUUCACAGUAAUGUUAGACAGUGCUGGUUGAACGGUGAUUCUGCUGUUGUUGAAGCUAUGAAAUCAUUUGCUGAACUCACAGAUCAAGCCAGGGCUGCCUUUCAGUGUAAAGACUGGCCCAGACUUGCACAGCUCAUGGAUGAAAACUUUGAGCUACGGCGGUCGGUGUAUACUGACGACUGUUUGGGCCCUGGAAAUCUCAAAAUGGUACAGCUUGCGAGAGUGUUUGGAUCUGCAGUCAAAUUGCCUGGCAGUGGUGGUGCUGUGGUUGGAUUGUGUAUGGACCCUGAGCGGCUGGUGGAGAUGAAGAGGGCUUUCCAAGAGGCAGGAUGUGUGUUUUGUCUUAUUGUGCCUUAUGACCCAUCAGUGCAGAGUCAAAGCUAAUCACUCAGUGAAAAGGUUUAAUUGUUUGUUUGCAAAAAAAGCUGUUUGCUUAUAAAGACUCCGCUAGAGGUACAUUCCUUAAAGAGAUAGUUCACCCAAAAAUAA